AUGCGCGCUUGCGUAAAAGCUGCCUAUCCACACCGCUGGAGGCAGCAGCAGCAGUUCUCAUCCCUGGAUGACAAGCCCCGGUUCCCGGGGGCCUCAGCAGAGUUUGUAGACAAGCUGGAAUUCAUCCAGCCCAAUGUCAUCUCUGGAAUCCCCAUCUACCGUGUCAUGGACCGGCAGGGCCAGAUCAUCAACCCAAGCGAAGACCCUGAGCUACCCCAGAAGGAGGUCCUGAAGUUCUACAAGAGCAUGACACUGCUCAACACCAUGGACCGCAUCCUCUACGAGUCCCAGCGGCAGGGCCGGAUCUCCUUCUACAUGACCAACUACGGUGAGGAGGGGACGCACGUGGGGAGUGCAGCCGCCCUGGACAGCACGGACCUGGUGUUUGGCCAGUACCGGGAGGCAGGUGUGCUGAUGUAUCGGGACUACCCGCUGGAACUGUUUAUGGCCCAGUGCUAUGGCAAUGCAAACGACCCGGGCAAAGGACGCCAGAUGCCCGUCCACUAUGGCUGCAAGGAGCGCCACUUCGUCACCAUCUCCUCACCGUUGGCCACGCAGAUCCCACAGGCGGUGGGAGCAGCCUAUGCAGCCAAGCGGGCCAAUGACAACAAGAUCGUCAUCUGUUACUUUGGUGAGGGGGCAGCCAGUGAGGGGGAUGCCCAUGCCGGCUUCAACUUCGCCGCCACCCUUGAGUGCCCCAUCAUCUUCUUCUGCCGGAACAAUGGCUAUGCCAUUUCCACUCCUACCUCCGAGCAGUACCGCGGGGAUGGCAUCGCGGCUCGAGGCCCUGGGUAUGGCAUCAUGUCGAUCCGUGUGGAUGGCAAUGAUGUGUUUGCUGUGUACAACGCCACAAAGGAGGCCCGGCGGCGGGCAGUGGCCGAAAACCAGCCCUUCCUCAUUGAGGCCAUGACCUACAGGAUCGGGCACCACAGCACCAGUGACGACAGCUCGGCCUACCGCUCCGUGGACGAGGUCAGCUACUGGGACAAGCAGGACCACCCCAUCUCGCGGCUGCGCCACUACCUGCUGAGCCGCGGCUGGUGGGAUGACGAGCAGGAGAAGGCCUGGAGGAAGCAGUCCCGCAAAAAGGUGAUGGAGGCCUUUGAGCAAGCUGAACGCAAGCUGAAGCCCAACCCCAGCCUGCUCUUCUCGGACGUGUAUCAGGAAAUGCCCACUCAGCUCCGCAAACAGCAGGAGUCCCUGGCCCGCCACCUGCAGACCUACGGAGAGCACUACCCCCUGGACCACUUCGAGAAGUGA